CAGAGCGGUGCCUGCAAGGCAAGUGGUUGUGAUGUUGACGAGAUCGCACCGCCUGAUCAGAUUAUGAUGUGCAGCUAUCAGACACCCCAAGGUGUUGUGCAUGGCAUUCAAUGGGUCCCUGCCGAAGCCACGCAGAUCUUGCCAACAGGUGCUCAACCUGCCAAUGCAGAAUUCGCUGCAUCCUUUAAUCGCGGCCAGCUCAGCAGGGAAGAAGAGAGGGAGCUUGAAAAGUGGAAACGGUCUGAGGAGAAGCGCAAAAAAAAAGAAGAGAAGGCAUCCCUCAAGAACAUCGCGAAACAAAUUGAAAGGGAUGAAAUAGAUAUCCGCAUGGCGCGCGAGAGGGAUACUCAAGUCAGAGGACGGAAAAAGAGCUUCUACGGAGAAGCACCUCCCUCUGGAUACUCCAUUCCGGGGACCGCUGCAUACGGCACCUACAGCAGUGCCGAUCUUGACCGCAGAUUCGACAGUCUCGACAUAGAGCGCAAGGAGGUUUCCUUCGCUGCAAGGCCCAGAAAGCUUUCUCAGAGUGGUGCAGGGGCAUACUCUUCCCCUCCCGCCACAUACAGUAGCCCAACAGGCUAUCCUACAACUGGAGGAGCUGGUCCUUACAACCGUGCAGCCUCUCCUUACAGACCUGUAGGUAAUUUCUCCACUUCACCAAAUAUAAGGCCGCAAGAAUUCCCUUCCACGUACCCUGGUGGACCAGAUCCUAUGGUGAGGGCGCCAUCUCCGUAUGGUGCCCGAGCGCCUUCUCCUUAUGGGGCCCGAGCGCCUUCUCCUUAUGGGGCCCGAGCGCCUUCUCCUUAUGGGGCCGCAGCACCCGGUCCCAGGGCGCCCUCUCCUUUUGGUGCCACAGCGCCCACUCCUUACGGUGCCAGAGCGCCCUCUCCAUAUGGCGCCAGAGCACCCUCUCCUUAUGGGGGACCAGGACCCUCUCCUUAUGGUGCUCGAGCGCCUUCUCCAAUGCCGCCGGUGCCCCGUGCUACUUCUCCAAUGCCGCCGGGGCCACCCCGUGCACCUUCUCCAUACGGACGCCCUGUGUCCCGGGCACCAUCCCCAUACCAUGGUCAACAGGCAUCGACCUAUCCUCCUCCUCACCGCGCUCCUUCACCAUUUGUCCCCCCUGGGCAAAUCCAAUCAGUAUACCCCCGUGGGCAUGUCCUUGAAGGCCAGCCCAUCGGGGGCCCCCGGUCGCGAGCACCUUCUCCAAUGCCCGGUGCGCCUGCUGGACCUGGAUUCUCUUCAUCCCCACGUAUGCCCAAUGUAGGAUUCUCCUCAUCUCCCCGUAUGCCCAACGCAGGAUUCCCGUCAUCCCCCCGUAUGCCCAACGCAGGAUUCUCUUCAUCUCCCCGUAUGCCUAACGCAGGAUUCCCUUCAUCCCCUCGCAUGCCCGGCGCUGCAACCGGAGGAGAUUCGUUACAACUCGCUGCUCCGGAGGCAUUCUCCCGUCCACCUAAUGCCGCUCAACCUUACACUCCGUUUAGCGUAAUGAGGAUCCAAGAGAUGGACAAAUUCUACGAUCAGAUCCCUCGCAUGCCACUUGUGCUCGACACUCAUGACGUUUACCACCAGGACUGGAUCAGAUUCAUGAAUGAUCUUGCUCUUGCGUGGGCCGGCAAGAUGCCCAUUCAUGAAUUCUCCAAGGGGGGAGUUCCUCCCAAGCGGACCUCACUUGUUGCAGAUUUGAUCAAUCUGUGGAACGAUUCAUUCUUCCGCGCCCGUCGCGUUGAGGUGGUCCUCUACAAAGGCCGCGAGCGACGCUCAGGUCCACACACGGGGACUUUGGACAAAAACCUUCCAAUGCCUGACCUCGACUUUGAUUCUGAUUCUGAUUCGUCAGAAUCUUCUUCUCUCUCUUCGGAGUCUGAGGACGAGUACUACGGUCGCGGCGUUGAUCUCGCUGAAUCCAAGAGAAGGCGCCGAGAGAAGAAGGAGGAAAAGAAGUGGCGCAAGAAGGAAAAGAAGAUCAGGAAAAAGGCCAAGGAACGCGAGAGGCAGUACGCGUUGUACUUGAACUACAUCGCGCCUCGCGACAUGCCUGUUCCAGGAAAUUCUUACUAUGGUUGAUAGAACAUGCAGUGCAUGAAUCCAGUAACGUCGAAUUUGUUGAUACUUGAACUUCUCAUUGUCAUUGUACUACUACGGACUGCGAAUCGAUUUGUUACCGGUUGGG